GCCUGGAAUCUUUGGAAAGAAGACAAGGCAAUGGAGUUGUUGGACCAGACAUUAAGCAAAACAUGCAACAUAAAUGAAUUUGUGAAGUGUGUAAAUGUUGGGCUACUAUGUGUGCAAGAAGACCCUAGUGAUCGCCCCACAAUAUCCAACAUACUUUUCAUGCUUGGAACUGAAACUCCUACGCUUCCAGAUCCAAAGCAACCUGCAUUUGUCGUUAGGCGAUGCCAAUCUAGCAGAGCUUCAGCUUCUUCAUCAAAUGAGGAUUGGACUAAUAGAUUCAGGUUGAACGUGCUUGGGCCUGGCGCGUGGCUUAGCGCAGGCUUGUGCUAUCAAGCCAGGCCUAUCCUUGGCUUUUUAGGGUUUAAGAUGCCUAUUCAUGUAUGUUUUCCCAAAGCAGCUCCUGUGUACACGUUCCAACACACGGUUGGUCUUAAACGAGGAGGUUCAGUUCAACCGUCAGAUAAGGUUGGGAAAAAAAUGCAAAAGAUGGCAAGCACUUGGGCGGAGAAAGAUCUGACCCUCACUCUGGUUUUAAACGAGGAGGUUCGGAUCAAUCAUCGGAGAAAUCUAAGAGAAAAAGCAAAAAGCAAAUCGGCAAAAGUUCAUAUGAAAGGAAAGAGCAUGAAAAAAGAGAUCAAUGAUAUAACUGUGAAAGAAGAAGAGGAGAAGUUGGCGCUCAAGAAGCAAGUGUGCAACUUGCACGAGACAUUUGUCGCUGCUGGAAACAACAUCUCCAGCUUGGAUAAAGCAAUUGCCGCAAUUGCUUAUCAAAAUGACAAUUACAACCUAAGCAACACAAUUGUCAUAGUUCAAAACAACAUUUACAACCUGAACACGAUACUUGUCACUGCUCAAAACAACUUGAACGAGGCAUUUGCCACCACGGCAGCUCAAAACAC